GAUAUAGAAGGUGAACUUGGUUUUGAACGUAAAAAGGAUACUGAAGAUGGACCUGCAAUUGAAUGUGAAAAGGAUACUGAAGAUAGACCUAGUAUUGAACCUGAAGAUGGACCUGGUAUUGAACUUGAAGAGGACAUUGAUAUUAUUAGUAAAUCAGAUAAUAUCUCUAAAAAUACAGAUAAUUAUCAACAUGGGCACCUAUCUCCAAUCUGCAUUAAGAUCUACUGUGAAAAAACCUUUGGAACUUGGAAAGAAUAUCAGGAGACAUUAGAAUGCUAUGCACCUGUGAUCUAUGAUAGCGUACUUGGAACUGUGAACGGUCUGAGUAAGGGCCCUGAUAAUGAAACUAUAAUUAAAUUGACAUCGAUGCAUCCUGAACACAACCAUCAGUUGAUUCCUAAAAAUGCUAGCUUUGCUACUAGCUAUCGGAAACUUACCACAGAUAUGAAGGAGCUUAUUAAAAGUUAUACAAUUUGUGAUAUUGAUCACAUUGGGCGUAAUAUUAAAAAGCAGCUUGCAAAACUUCUUGGUGAUCGUUAUGCAGACUUUAUCAAAAAUCAACUGAAUAUCUACUUAGACAGCUUGAUCCACGUAAAACAAACUGGGCAAAAGCAUUUACAGACUGUAAAUGAAAGAACUCAACUUUAUGUUCUGUUUAACCGAAUUGAAUCACAUAUUGCAGAAGAACAAUUUGCUAAGGUUGUUGAUAAUGGGCCGAUUGAAUUUGAGUAUGAUUUCUGUCAGAUACAGUUUGAUGAACUUCUUGAAGAGGUUGAUUAUUCUUUAGUUGCUGAAGUUUGGGAUGUUCAAUCAAUCGAACAUAAUUCACAUGUUAGACAGAAUGUAGUGCUAUUAAAAAAUAGAUUUCAUUUAUGCACAUGCAUUUUAUUAUUUGAUAGUGGAGUAGUUUGCUGUUAUUGGUUUUGUGUUCUUUUACAGUCUGAAAAGGCCUAUUUUCAUAUUUCUCUUAUUCCAAGAU